AGGCCCACCGCUGGGACGCGGUGGAGGGCCGCGGGGAUCUGCAGAGCCCGCGGCUGCCCCACUUCUUCGAGACCUGCAAGCUGGUCUUCGCGGCGCCCGAGUUCGCGCCCCCCCAGAGGAGGAAGAAGGACAUGGGCCCGGACCUGGAUGUGCUGGAGACGGCCUGGGUGGAGGUGGAGCCGGGCGGCCUGCUUGACGAGCAACUGCUGGCGGAUGUGCUCCAGGAGCAUGCGGACUGGGUGGAGCAGCAGCGCCCCACAUUGGAGAGCGGCGCCAGCAGCUACUGCACCAAAAACCAGGCGGCGGACGUCUGGAGCAUCGGCGCGAUGGCCUUUCUGCUGCUCUGCGGGUACCCGCCCUUCUUCGCGCCCGCGAGGAACGCCAUCCUCGCACGGAUCCACCGAGGGGAGGUGUCCUUUGACCCGCCCUUUUGGUCCAAGAUCUCGGAGGAGGCGAAGAGUUUCGUAUCGGGGUGCCUGCAGCACGCCUUCUGGGAUCGCUUCAGCAUCCAGGAGGCGCUGGACCACCCCUGGAUCUUGCGGCUGGCAGACAGCUCCCCCUCGGGCUCCAUGUUCGCCUCCUUUAUGCUGAACCUCCGGCGCUUCUACCGCACCAGCCUCAUCGAGAUGUACAGCGCCCAGGUGCUGGCUGGAAAGUUCCGGAGGGAGGACUUGCAGGAGUUCCUGUGCCGCUGCCGGGAGAUCGACAUGACGGGCAGCGGCUUCUUCACGGCUUCGGACCUGCGGCACGUGCUCACGGCGCUGGGCUUCCCAGAGAUCGCGGAGACCAUCUCCACCAGGUUCCUGCAGACCUUCCGGCACCCGGGGGAGUCCUACAUCGACUACAUGGCCCUGUUGGACUCCAUCCACCUCCGCCAGCAGCGGGGCUUCGAGGACGAGCUCUGGCGCCACUUCCAGCGGGUGCUGCGCUCCAACGGCCGCGACGUGGACGCGGCCCCGGCGGUGCUGCUGGAGGACCUGGGCCUGGUCUUCGGAGACCCAGUGGUGGUGGGCCUGCUGAUGCGGGAGAUCCCAGAGAGCCCUGGCCUGGAGGACGCGAGCGUGUGCCACAGGUUGCUUGUUGCCCUGCGGACGGAGUGUGUCUCGCGGGAGGUGGGGGAACUGGACUUCCGGCUGCUGUGCAGCUUGCUGCUGCAGCACCUGAAAAGCCUCUGUUGACCUCAGAAAAGCAGAACCCCCGGU